AUGAACGUCCUCAUCUUCGGUGACCAGACCGCCGACCAGUACGCGCUUCUGAGGAAGGCUUGCACAUGGAAGAACAACUCGACCCUCACUACCUUCUUGGACAGGAUUAGUGUCGUUGUUCGGGAAGAAGUUCAGAAGCUCCCAAAGACUCAACGAGAUCAGAUACCCAAUUUUCUGACGACAUGGGACCUUAUCGAAGCAUACUAUGCCAAGGGCACGAAAGUGCCUCAGCUAGAAAGUUGUAUGGUAACAAUUGCGCAGUUGGCGCAUUACAUUGGUUACUAUGCCGAGAACCCCUCAGAGAUGCCCAAUGCCUCAAACACACGCAUCGUCGGAUUGUGCACCGGCCUGCUUGCAGGCUCUGUUGUUGCAUCUGCCAGGUCCCUGAGCGAGCUUUUGCCUUUGGCGACCGAGGCAGUCCGCAUUGCUUUCCGAACUGGCACUUGCGUUGGUGCCGCAAAAGAGGCGCUCGAACAAGCCUCAAGCACGAAGGAGACGUGGUCCACUAUUGUCACUAACAUUUCAGAAAGUUCGGCCAAGGACGCCAUCGAUGAGUUUCACCAGGAGCAGCGGACGCCAACGCUGGCGCACGCCUACAUUAGCGCCGUUAGCACCAUGGCACUAACCAUCAGCGGCCCGCCUGCGACCAUGAAGCUGCUACUCCAGCGUGCUGCUUUCGCAGAAUCCGCCCGCGUGCCUAUCCCUGUCUACGCUCCUUACCAUGCCGCACACUUGUACAGCCAAGCCGACAUUGAUCGUAUUCUCGACAAGGACGCCAUCCGCCAUCUGCAGCAGUUCCGCCCCCUGUCUCUUGUGCACUCGGCCUCUUCCGGGAAAUGCCAGACUGCCACAAACACCCUGGACCUUAUCCGCACCGCUCUAAGUGAGAUCCUUAUCGAGCCUGUGCGAUGGGACAGCCUUCUCUCUGAGAUUGUUUCCCAGGUUACGUCAGCAUCCAGCGCUGAAAGCUCCGUCUCUGCCAUUGGUGUCACCUCCAUUACCAACAGCCUUGCCUCGGCGCUGAAGAAUGGCGGUCAAUCUUCCGUCACCGUCCGCGAUCACACUGCGUGGGUUGCGGCUGAGCACAACAGCCGUGGUCACACCCAAAACGACAAGAUUGCCAUUGUUGGCAUGUCCGGUCGUUUCCCCGGUGCCGCAAGUCCUGAAGCUCUUUGGGAUCUUCUCGAGAAGGGCCUAGAUGUCCAUCGCGAAGUCCCUGCAGACCGUUUCGAUGCCCAGGCUCAUUGCGAUCCCUCCGGCAAGGGAAAGAACAAGAGCCAUACUCCCUUUGGCUGUUUCAUCGACGAGCCCGGUCUAUUCGACCCCCGCUUCUUCAAUAUGUCCCCGCGUGAGGCUGCCCAGACCGAUCCUAUGGGUCGUUUAGCUCUUACCACCGCAUACGAGGCCCUUGAAAUGUCCGGCUAUGUUCCCAACCGUACCCCUUCCACCAAGCUAGAGCGCAUCGGCACCUUUUACGGCCAGACUUCGGAUGACUGGCGUGAGAUUAACGCUGCCGAGAACAUCGAUACCUACUUCAUCACGGGUGGAGUGCGUGCUUUCGCACCGGGCCGCAUCAACUACUAUUUUAAGUUUUCCGGUCCGUCGUAUAGUGUCGAUACCGCCUGCUCGUCAUCGCUUGCCGCGAUCCAACUGGCUUGCACAUCGCUCUGGGCUGGUGAUUGCGACACUGCCUGCGCCGGUGGUCUCAACGUUCUUACCAACCCUGACAUUUUCUCCGGUCUUUCCAAGGGCCAGUUCUUGUCCAAGACUGGUAGCUGCAAGACCUACGACAACGACGCUGACGGCUACUGCCGUGGUGACGGCUGUGGCUCCGUGGUUCUCAAGCGUUACGAGGAUGCCAUUGCUGACAAGGAUAACAUCCUCGGAUGCAUUCUCGGUGCCGCUACCAACCACAGCGCCGAGGCCGUCUCCAUCACUCACCCCCACGCGGGUGCCCAAGAGUACCUCUACAACAAGGUUCUCUCCAACGCCGGUGUCGAUGCCCACGAUAUCAGCUAUGUUGAGAUGCACGGAACUGGUACGCAGGCUGGCGACGGUAUCGAGAUGACUUCGGUCACCAAUGCAUUUGCCCCACGCCAUCGCCAGCGUCGUCCUGAGCAGACCCUUCAUCUGGGUGCCAUCAAGGCCAACAUUGGUCACGGUGAAGCUGCCUCUGGUAUCAACUCUCUCGUCAAGGUCUUGAUGAUGAUGAAGAACAACGCCAUCCCUGCCAAUGUUGGUAUCAAGGGUGUCAUGAACAAGUCUUUCCCCAAGGAUUUGCUCCAGCGUAACGUGCACAUCUCCACCACCCAGGUCCCCUGGCCUCGCAACGGCGCUGAGAAGCGCAAGAUUUUCUUGAACAACUUCUCGGCCGCUGGUGGUAACACUGCUGUCAUCCUUGAGGACGGUCCUCUCCCUGAGGCCCCCAAGGGUAUUGAUCCCCGCACGAUGCACACCAUCACCGUUAGCGCCAGGUCCAUUGCCUCGCUCAAGAAGAACAUCAACAACUUGAUGCAGUUUCUCGACGAGAACCCAAAGACCACUCUGCCCAGUUUCGCAUACACUACCACGGCCCGCCGUAUCCAGCACAACUACCGUGUUGCCUUUGCCGUCUCUGACAUGUCCAAGGUCAAGGAUGGGCUUCAGGCUCAGCUCAAGGAUACUUACAGCCCUCUGCCCAUGGUGCCAACCAAGACUGCCUUUACCUUCACUGGUCAAGGCUCACAGUACACUGGUCUCGGCCAGAAGCUGUACGAGGAUCUUGAGACUUUCAAGAACGACAUCGACCAGCUCGACAACCUUGCUCGUCUGCACUCCCUGCCUUCCAUCCUGCCUUUGUUGACUGGCACGGAUGUUGCAACUCUCUCCCCGGUUGUUGUUCAACUCGGCAUGGCUUGCAUCCAGGUUGCUCUUGCUCGCAUGUGGGCAUCUUGGGGUAUUCGCCCAGUUGCUGUCAUUGGACACAGCCUUGGCGAGGCCGCGCUCGGCGACAAGAUGACUGAGAUCGCUUGCAUGAACGGUCCCGAGGAGACAGUCCUCUGCGGCACUGUCGAGGUUGUUGAAUCCACCAACUCUGCUCUGACUGCCCAGGGAUUCAAAGCUACCAAGUUGAACGUUCCCUUUGCAUUCCACUCUGCCCAGGUCGAGCCCAUUCUUGAGAAGUUCAAGACUGCUGCCUCUUCUGUCGUCUUCAACAAGCCUACCGUGCCUGUCAUGUCUCCCCUCACUGGCGAGAUUAUUCGCGAAGCUGGCAUUAUCAACGCCGAAUACCUCGCCCGCCACGCUCGCGAGACCGUCAACUUCCAUGCUGCCCUUACCACUGGCCAGGAUGAGAAGGCCUUUGACGCUAAGACCGCAUGGCUCGAGGUGGGUGCUCACCCGGUCUGCAGUGGCAUGGUCAAGUCUUCCCUCGGUGGCUCUCCCGUCGCGGCUGGAUCCCUCCGCCGUAACGAGGACCCGUGGAAGACUCUCUCCAAUACCCUUGUCACUAUGUACCUCGCCGGUGUCUACAUCGACUUCAACGAGUACCACAAACUCUUCAACGACGCUCACGAGAUGUACACUCUCCCGACGUACGCCUUCGACAGCAAGAAGUACUGGCUCGACUACCACAACAACUGGACCCUUACUAAGGGCGAGGUUCUUGAGGCUCCUACUGCCAAGGCCAUCGAGGCGGCGCCUGCGCAAGAGGCCCCCUCCAAGUUGUCCACCACUUCUUGUCACAAGAUUGUGCGCGAGGAGCUCCAGGCCAACUCCGGUACUGUUGUAGUCCAGUCUGAUCUGUCAGACCCUCAGUUGAAGGCUACUAUCACUGGCCAUCAAGUCAACGGUACUCCUCUUACGCCUUCUUCGCUCUACGCCGAUCAGGCCAUGACUAUUGCCAACUACCUUUACGAGCAGCUUCGUCCUGGAAUGACUACCCCUGGUCUCAACGUCUGCUCCAUGGAGGUCACCAAGACCCUCAUCCCGCAGUACCCCCCUCCUGCCAGCGGUCAGCAUCUGCAGAUCGAGGGUAAUGCCGACCUUGAGACCGACCAGGUCAAGAUCACCUUUCGCACUGUUACUGCAGAUGGCUCCAAGGUCCUUGCCGAGCACGCUGUCGGUAUCGUCAAGUACGAGGACGUCAACGCUUGGAAAGAGGAGUGGGGCCGCAUCCAGUACAUGGUGCAGUCUCAGAUCGACAUGCUCCAGAUGAAGCUCCAGACCGGUGCUGCCCACAAGGUGCUCCGUGGCAUGGCCUACAAGCUCUUCAAGGCCCUUGUCACCUACGCCGACAACUACCGUGGUAUGGAGGAGGUCAUCCUCGAUGGCAAGACCACUGAGGCCACUGCUUCAGUCCAGUUCCAGACCACCGCUGCUGAUGGAAACUUCCUCUGCUCGCCUUACUGGAUCGACUCCCUUGCUCAUCUUUCUGGCUUCAUCGUCAACGCUUCCGACCACCUUGACUCUGAGAACUCGGUCUACAUCUCCCAUGGAUGGGGAUCAAUCAAGAUCGCCGGCAAGCUCUCGCCCGAGAAGAAGUACCGCUCCUAUGUUCGCAUGCAGCCUGCUCCUGGUAACAUUUCCGUUGGUGAUGUUUACAUCAUGGACGGCGCUGAGAUCAUUGGUAUGGUCAUGGGUCUUAAGUUCCAGAACAUUCCCCGCCGCGCUCUCAACAUCAUGAUGCCUCCUGCUGGUAAAGCUGCCGCGGCUCCUGCCUCGAAGGCUGUUGCUGCAAAGCCUGCCCCCAAGGCCAUCGCUGCUGCCCCCCUCAAGGCUGCUCCUGCUAAGGCUGCAACCAAGCCGGUAGCUAAGGCCGCCAAGGCUGUCAAGAUCGCUGCCCCGGCCGGUGUCACUGCCAAGGUCAUGAAGAUUGUCGCUGAGGAGAUCGAUGUGGACAUGUCUGAGCUUGUCGACGAGGCUGCUUUCGAGAACCUCGGUGUUGACUCGCUUCUGUCUCUUACCAUCUCUGCCAGGUUCCGUGAGGAUCUUGACAUGGACAUUCCUUCCACCCUCUUCACCGACUGCCCCACCGUUGGUGAGCUCAAGAAGCACUUCGCCCAGUACGAUGGUGCUGCCCCAGUCGAAGAUGACUCAUCUGAUGUGUCUGAAGAGCCCACCCCAUUCGAGACUCCGGUCGAGAGCGACAGCACCCCUGCCAGCUCUACCGGUAGUGAUGCUGAUGAGGAGGAGGUCAAGCCUUCUGCCCCAGUUGCGGGCGGUGCUAGUCUAGCCCGCAAGCUCGUCGCUGAGGAGAUGGGUGUUGAUGUCUCCGAGAUUACCGAUGAUCUCGACCUUACCGACAUUGGUAUGGACUCCUUGAUGAGUCUUACCAUUCUCGGAUCCAUGCGCGAGGCCACCGGCAUCGACCUCCCUGCUGAUUUUCUCACGGUCAACGUCACUAUCAAGGACAUCGAAACUGCUCUUGAUAUGCGCCCCAAGCCGCCGCAGCAGAAGAAGGCUUCAAAGCCCGCUUCUAAGGUUUCGGCCCAAUCCCCUCAACUCGCUGAGGUGAGCCGCAAGCUCGCAUCGCUCCCCGAUGUCUCUUCGCUUCCUCCCGCCACCUCUGUCCUGCUCCAGGGAAAUCCCAAGGUUGCUAGCAAAAAGUUCUUCCUUGUUCCCGACGGUUCCGGCUCUGCUACCAGCUACAUUUCCAUCCCCAACAUCUCUCCCGACAUGGCCGUGUACGGACUUAAUUGCCCGUUCAUGAAGUGCCCCGACAAGUGGACUUGUGGUGUUGAGGGUGUCUCACGCCUUUACCUCCAGGAGAUCAAGCGUCGCCAGCCCCAGGGUCCUUACAUCGUCGGUGGGUGGUCCGCCGGCGGUGUCAUGGCCUAUGAAGUCGCCCAACAGCUCGUCAAUGCUGGUGACAAGGUUGAGAACCUCGUUCUCAUCGAUGCCCCCUGCCCCGUCGCUCUCGAUCCCCUCCCCGCCCGUCUCCACAUCUUCUUCGACCAGAUAGGUCUUCUCGGAACCGGCAAGCCCGGUGGUACUCCCUCGUGGCUCCUGCCCCACUUCGCGUCUGCCAUCCAGAACCUCAAGGACUACGACCCGACUCCCAUGGACCCUAAGAUCGCUCCCCCCGUCCUCGCCAUCUGGUGCACCGACGGUGUCUGCCCCAACGAGGACGACCCCCGCCCUCCCCCAGGUGAGGGUGAGGACCCAGCUCCCAUGAAGUGGCUCCUCAACAACCGUACCGACUUUUCGGAUAACGGUUGGGCCCAGCUUCUCCCCAAGGAGAAGUUUCAGUAUGCUGUCAUGGGUGGCAACCACUUCACCAUGAUGAAGGGUGAUCAUGGUGUCACACUUGGCAAACUCAUUCAGCAAGGUCUUAAGCUCUAAGCUUUUCUCCCGCUUAGACUGAUAGAUUCAUUGUUGUUGUACGCACUGCAUUAGAUUGCAUGCAUCUCCUUGGCUUCAAGUGUUGAAAAUGGAGAUGUUGGAGUUCUUUUCCUGAGGGUUUCUCGAUAUCUUCUCAUAUUGAUGUUGUUUGUAUGUCGUUACUGGCUGGACUUUAAAUUUUUCGGUUGUUUAUGUUGGCGUUUGGUGGGGGGUACGAAUACUUCACGAUGGAUACAUGAUGCGAGUUUUGGCUUGAGAUUGGUUUUUUUUACGAAGAGCGACGGCUUUUGACACGACUUACCUGUUACUUUUAGACUGGUCUGUUCCAGUUCUUUGUUUUAAUGUUUGUUUCUGUUUCUUAGCAAUGGCAAGGGUAUACUUCAAAA